AUGGCUAGCCUGAUUGCCAUUCUCGACCUCAAGGGCAAACCCCUCAUCCAACGCUCUUACCGCGACGAUGUCCCUUCAUCAUACAUCGAACGCUUCCUGCCGAUUGUGCUUGACCUGGAGGAGGAGGGCCAGCAGGUUGCGCCGUGUUUUUCGAGAGAGGGCGUGAACUACAUGCACAUCCGGCACUCAAAUCUCUACCUCCUCGCACUCUCAAAACGAAACUCAAAUGCCGCCGAAAUCAUCCUAUUCCUCCACCGCCUCGUCCAGGUGCUCAUCGAGUACUUCAAGGAGCUCGAAGAGGAAUCUAUCCGCGACAACUUUGUUAUCAUUUACGAACUCAUGGACGAGAUGAUGGACUUCGGAUACCCCCAAACCACAGAGAGCAAGAUUCUCCAGGAGUACAUUACACAGGAGUCGUACAAGCUAGAGGUCCAAGUACGGCCACCAAUCGCAGUCACCAACGCAGUGUCAUGGCGGUCAGAGGGUAUCCGGUACCGCAAGAACGAGGUCUUCCUGGACGUCAUCGAGAGCGUCAACCUCCUCGUGAACGCCAACGGCAACGUCGUCCGCUCCGAGAUUCUCGGGGCCGUGAAGAUGAAAUGCUACCUCUCCGGCAUGCCGGAGCUGCGCCUCGGCUUGAAUGACAAGGUCAUGUUCGAGAGCACAGGGCGGAACGCACGAGGAAAGGCAAUCGAGAUGGAGGACGUCAAGUUCCACCAGUGUGUGCGCCUGUCGCGCUUCGAGAACGACCGCACGAUCUCGUUCAUCCCACCCGACGGCGAGUUUGAGCUCAUGUCGUACCGUCUCUCCACGCCCGUCAAGCCGCUCAUCUGGGUGGAAGCCGCGGUGGAGCACCACAAGGGCAGCAGGAUAGAGUACAUGGUGAAGGUCAAGGCGCAGUUCAAGCGCCGCAGUACGGCCAACAACGUCGAGAUCUACGUGCCCGUGCCCGACGAUGCGGACACACCCAAGUUCCGGGCAUCGACUGGUAGCGUGCAGUACGUGCCCGACAAGUCUGCGUUUGUGUGGAAGAUCAAGCAGCUCGGUGGUGGCCGCGAGUUCCUCAUGCGCGCGCACUUCGGGCUCCCCAGCGUUCGCGGCGAGCACGAGUCGUUGGACAAGCGCGCGCCGAUCACAGUCAAGUACGAGAUUCCGUACUUCACUGUCUCCGGCAUCCAGGUGCGCUACCUCAAGAUCGUUGAGAAGAGCGGGUACCAGGCGCUGCCGUGGGUGCGCUACAUCACGCAGAACGGCGACGACUACAGCUUGCGGACGGCGCUCGAGAAGGGCAGCGCGCCGAUCGUGCCGAUGUGA